AUGUCUUUCAAUGCAAUCAACCAGUCUCAAGCUGAAGAUGUACCAACGCUAUUCCAAGGCGCACGAUUCUGGCUAUCCCAGACCAUUCCACAGAGGUCAACAUUCAAAGAAUUGAUCAAGAAACAUGGUGGUACCGUUGUGCUAAUGGAAGGUGAUGCGGAUGUCAAGCUUGUGGACCAUACGAGGAAAAACCUCCCUAGUGACACAUUCUCAUAUCAAUAUGUGGAGCGCUCCAUUCAAAAGAGACAACUUGAAGAUUUGGAAGCUCACAGAGCAGGGCCUUCUAAACCCCGUCCAAUGGGGGCAUCAAACAUCCCCACGAAAGGCACAAGAACGUUUUACAAUCUAAAAGAGGAUCAACUUCUUUUUGACUGGGUUGAGCAUUUUAAACAAGAGCCAGGAGCGCCUGUCCAAGGUAACAGGAUAUAUCAAGAGUUGGGCGAAUUGUAUCCCAGUCAUUCGUGGCAGUCCUGGCGCAGUCGAUACAUAAAGCAUUUGAAUGGCAAAGACCGUCCAGGCGGCGGCGUACCUCGAUCACAUGAAGAGUUGAUACAGUCUGCACCAGCCCAGGGGCAAUACCCAAAGACUUUACCCACCCGGACUGAAACAGCACCAAAAGAAAAAAUGAGCUCAGGGGUUUCUCAACCACAGUCAUCUGCUCUAACUCCCAACAAUACCAUGAUUAGCUCAAAACGAAAACGAGAUCCGGUUCCUGCGGUAUCUAACCCAUCUCGAACCCAAGUCUCACCCUCGAAAAGAAGAGCGAUUGAAGCUUCUACUUCCACGGGCUCUCUCUUUCUUCGCGGCAGUGAUCAAACCUGUGGGCCACAGCCCAGGUCUCCAACAAUUACGACACCGCCGGGCCUCACUCAGGGACCAACAAGAGACACCCACGGCACGUCCUCCUCAAGUCGAAGACCGAUUGAAGGUCUGGGGCUUGUCAAUCUCCCCACACAGACGCUUCCUACGCAAAGUCCUCAGCAAACAGCGCACGGACCCGCACUGCGCCCAGAAGAUAAUGCUCAAAAACCAGCGCGGGUACCCCGGCCAUUAGGGGACAAUGCGUUCGCCAAGUUCGGUCGAUUUAAGAAGCAAGAGCACAAGGCAGCGCCGCCGGUCGCCGAUCCCUACAAGGACCCUGUCGACCCUGUGUUCCUAGAAUUACCAUUCCUACCAUCCAGUCCAGCAUCAGAGGUCGCUGAGGAAGACACCGAAGAGAUACCUGAUGUUGACAGCUGGAUCGAUCAACGGCUGGCGCGAGGCGCCAAUGAAUCACAUGUCUUCGAUGCCUUGCGCUGUACAAGUAUGAUUCCAGAAAUGGCCGACAGAGUUCUGGAGUCCCUCGCCGCUGGAAAUGAUAUCCCGAACGACAUACCUGGUGUCUGGACAGCAGAGGACGAUCAAUGUCUACAAGCGCAAGAUCACUCUGAGGUGCAGCGUGCGUUAUCGAAGCACGGAUCUGAGGCUUUCAAGGAAAGAUGGGAAUACUUACGCAUGGCUCGGGAAACGGGUCUCAUUGACUGA